AUUCAAACCAAAACUUUCUCCGAAUUCGCGCAAUAUGUUCGUCCUUUGGCUCAGGUUAUCCGCUCUUGGGGGAAACCUAUCGGCUCAAUCGUCGUCGUUUAUUUGUCCGAGCACGAAGAAAGUAUGGCAGCGCUCUGGGCUUGCUUGCUGGCAGGCCUUGUCCCGUGCCUUCAGCCCGUCCUUAGUGCGCAACAAUCUCACAAGGAAGGACAUAUUGCACAUAUCAAGGGUCUCUUCGGUUCAGCUACCUGGCUGACCAACGAGACAGGUGCCGAGAAACUGCUUUCCAUCCCUGACCUCGAUCUCCACUUGUUCUCUGAGUUGAAGAAGUCCGCUUCUGCUUCGGUCCGCUCUGAGUUCAAACCCCACGAACCUAAGGUUGAUGACGAGGCUAUUCUCUUCUUGACUUCAGGAUCUACCGGUUUUUCGAAAGCCGUCGUCCACACUCACCGUACUAUCUUGGCCGCCUGCCGUUCCAAGGGCGAAAACUAUGGUUUGACUUCGGAGACCAAGAUUCUGAACUGUGGGGGUUGGAUUCGAUCACGUUGCGGGUUCGAUCGAAAUGCAC